AUGACCGACCAAGACCACUCCUACUAUCGACCACGAUCCCCUGAUUUUUCCACCUUCCAAUCCCCCAUCUCUCCUCCUCCACCACCUCCUCCUCCUCUUCCUCAUUCUCAUACUCAUUCUCAUUCUCAUCUUUCUGCUCCUGCUCCUCCUGUCUUCCACCAUCUCCUUCCCCUUUACCAAUUCGGCAAUCCUCUCGGCCAUCGCGCCUCCUACGACGCCUCGCCCUUUUUCCCCCCGCAGUAUCAACAACCCCCGGCCCCGCCGACCAGGGUUCCCCAGCACUACCAUAUUCUAGACCCGGUCAUGGCUCGCCGCUCUUCUCGUAUCGCUCAGGCGGCCGAGGUCGCCCCCCUGCCCCCCGCCAAGUAUGUGGACCCGGUCGUUGAAGAAGAGCCUCCGGAAGAAGUCGAGGAGAUCGAGGAAGAAAUCGAAGAGCCCCCUAAACCCGCACCCCCGGCUCCUGUCGAAGUCAAGACCAAGUUUCCCGUCGCGCGCAUAAAGCGCAUCAUGCAGGCCGAUGAAGAUGUCGGCAAGGUGGCCCAGGUCACCCCAAUUGCAGUCUCCAAAGCUCUCGAACUGUUCAUGAUAUCCCUCGUCACCAAAGCCGCCAAAGAAGCCAAAGAUCGCAAUUCCAAACGCGUCACUGCCUCCCACCUCAAGCAAGCCGUCGUAAAAGACGAAGUCCUCGACUUCCUCGCCGACAUCAUUGCCAAAGUCCCGGACCAGCCCGCCGGGCGCAAACACGAUGAUGACAACAGUGAUCAAAAUGAACAGCCGAAACGAAAGCGCGGCGGACGUCGCCCCAAAGAUGAUAGCGACUAG